UUGCUCUGAUUUAUAAGACUCUGGUUCCAUAUGGAAGAGAUACCAAAAUAGAAUCAGUAUGAGAGAAACUCAGAUCACCAAAUUCUUAUUGAUCAAAACUGUGUAGAGAGAUACAUGUUUAAUGGGAAAGCAGGGGUCACCCAGCAACCCACGUCUUCCCCUGGGACUUGUAAAGCCACCUUCAGGCAUGAAAAGCUACCAGAGCAGAAACUCGGAAAAUUUAUCUGGGCGGGAGACUUCUAUUGGGAGGAGAGCAUCUGGGGGUGAUUACAUAUGGACUAAAUCAGUUUUGCUCAAUGAAUUGAAAAAUGGCACUGCAAAAGUCGGUGUAUCUAAGGGCAUCUAUGGUGCAAAAAGACAGAAAUGGGUUCAUAAGUAUCUGAGGACCAUUGUAAUUGUUCUUGGGUUGAUGGGUUCCCUUUUCCUGUUUGAUUCCCUUAUGUGCUCUGUUAUUCAUUCUAUGAAUCUUCAGAAUGGUUCCUCUAGGAGAAAACAGACCAUGCUUGAGGACGAGAGCGUUGAUUUUGUUAAUAGAGAAAAAACACCCAUACUGAUGUAUGGCAGGCUUCUAAAUUUGGCGUCUACGGCUCUUGCAGAGAAAGAAUUGAGACAUGAUUCAUCAACAAUGUGGGGAGAACAAUAUAAACAGGCAUCUGCAUGGAAACCUUGUGCAGAAAAAACUAGUACAAUACACCAACGGAAGCACUCUAAAAGCUCGGGUUUUAUGUUAGUUAGUGCAAAUGGUGGUCUCAAUCAACAACGAGUUGCUCGUUCAUGCUUGCAGGUUUGCAAUGCUAUUGUUGUAGCAUAUCUACUUAAUGCAACUUUAGUUCUUCCAAAGUUUCUCUACAGCAAUGUAUGGAAGGAUCUCAGCCAGUUUGGUGAAAUUUACCAAGAGGACUAUUUCAUGAAUAUUUUGAAGGAUGAAGUGAAUAUGGUGAAGGAGCUUCCUUUUCAUCUUCAGUCAGUAGACAUUGAGGCCAUUGGUAGUCUGAUUACUGAUGCAGAUAUUAGAAAGGAGGCAAAACCCACUGAUUUUAUUGAAACUGUACUUCCUCUCUUACAACGAAAUGGAAUUGUUCACUUCCUUGGCUUUGGCAAUCGACUUGGCUUUGAUCCAUUACCUUCUGAGCUUCAGAGAUUAAGAUGCAAAUGUAACUUCCAUGCUUUGAAGUUUGUGCCCAAAAUUCAAGAAGUUGGUUCUUUAUUGGUUAGAAGGCUACGGAAAUAUGAUCUUGCACUGAGUGAGUUAGAUGAGCAACUGCUAGGAAACUUCAUACCCAAGAAUCCAUCUAAGCUGCAACAACCUUCAACAGCACGAUCAAAAUAUCUUGCUUUGCACUUGAGAUUUGAAAUUGAUAUGGUAGCAUACUCACUUUGUGAGUUUGGAGGAGGAGAGAAUGAGAGACAGGAACUCCAAGCCUACAGGGAAAGUCACUUUCCCUUGCUUAUUGAGCGGUUGAAAAAAACAAAGUUGGUUUCUCCUGCAGAACUUAGAAAGUUAGGGAGAUGUCCGUUAACACCAGAAGAAGCUGCACUUGUGCUUUCUAGCCUUGGUUUCAGACGUGGAGCAUACAUCUAUCUCGCUGGAUCUGAUAUAUAUGGGGGACAAUCAAGGAUGCAACCCUUCACUGACCUUUACCCCAAUUUGGUUACAAAGGAAGAUCUCCUCAUGCCACAUGAACUAGCACCGUUCAGGAAUUUUUCUUCUCAGCUAGCUGCACUGGAUUUCAUUGCAUGUGCAACUGCCGAUGUGUUUACAAUGACCGAUUCAGGGAGUCAGCUCUCAUCUCUCGUGUCUGGGUAUCGAGUUUACUAUGGUGGGGGUCGUGCUCCAACCUUGCGGCCUAACAAGAAGAGGCUAGCAGCAAUUCUUUCAGAGAAUGCCACCAUAAAAUGGAAAGGCUUCGAAGAGAGGGUAAGAAAGAUGAUCAAAGAAGAUCAAAGAGUACGCACGAGGGGUUUUGGUCGAAGCAUUUAUCGGCAACCAAGGUCCCCAGAGUGCAUGUGCAAGGGCAACUAGCAUUUAUCGGCAACCAGGUCGUUUUCAUGUUUUCCUAGAGAGGCCUUUUAUUCAUUCAUUCUUUUGUUUCCA